AUGGCGGCCCUACCAGAGGGGCAGCCGCAGCCGCCACCGCCAGAGGCGGAGGCAACAGAUGACACCGGUGCGCCGAACUUCAUCAAGACGGAGGUGGGCGAGAUGAACACCGUUGAGUCGCUGUGCCCCAAGUGCGGCGAGAACGGCACCACGCGUCUGAUGAUCACUAACAUACCGCAUUUCAAGGAAGUCAUCGUGAGCAGUUUUGAGUGCCCGCACUGUGGCGAGAGGAACAAUGAGGUGUCGUUUGGUGGCACCUUUGGCCCCAAGGCGGUUCGCUAUGAACUUGAGGUGAAGUCAAAGAAGGAUUUGGAUCGCCAGGUGGUCAAGUCGGAUUUCGCGACGGUGCGAAUUCCCCAGCUGGAUCUGGAAAUUCCGCCAGAGUCCCAGCGGGGCCUUCUCAACACCGUUGAGGGAUUUUUGGAGCAAACCGAAACUGGGCUUCAGCUGCAGCAGCCACUGCGCCGCAUUGAAGAGCCGGAGUUGUACGAAAAGCUGGAGGCCUUUUGUCAGAGGCUUCGGGAGUACCGCACGGGCGAUAUUCCCUUCACCUUCAUCGUUGACGAUCCUGCCGGGAAUAGCUACAUUGAGGCCUACUACGACUACUACCACCCCACCAUCGAUCCCCAGCUCACUCACUAUGAAGUGGAACGCACCGAUGUGCAACGACAGAUAUUAGGACUGACGGUUGACUACAAUACAAGGAGAGAUGAGGAGCAGGAGCGCGUGGUGGAGGAGGGUCAUUUUGACGAUGUGAUGCGCAUGCAAACGGAGUGCCCUGCGUGCAAGAAGCAGGGAUUCAUUAAUAUGCAACAAAUUGACAUUCCCUACUUUAAGGAAACCGUCAUUAUGGCGUUUCGUUGUGAAUUCUGCGGCUAUAAAAGUAACGAGGUAAAGUCGGGGGGGAAGGUUUCCGACACAGGUCUGAGGAUUGAGCUGCGCGUUGAGGCGGAGGAUGACCUGAAGCGGGACGUUCUCAAGUCUGAAACCGCCACGCUGAACAUACCGGAGGUGGCGCUGGAGGUGGCGCCCGGCACGCUGGGGGGUUUCUUUUCCACCGUGGAGGGGACGGUCAUGAUGGUGCGGGAUCAGUUGCGCAACCUGCCGCAGGCAGAGUUCGCAAAGGGGGACUCCGCCGACACAGAUGGAGAGUCAAAGACGCUACUGGAGUUUGUGAAGGAGCUGGAUGAUCUUCUGGAGGUGAAGCGGCCUUUUACCUUCAUUCUUGACGAUCCCUUGGCGAACAUUUACGUGCAAAACCCGCGCGAGCAUCUGCCACCGCCGGCGAACCAAGACCCGCGGCUUACCAAGACGUCCUACGUGCGGAGCUACGAGCAGGAUGAGGAUCUUGGAUUUCAUCAGAUGAAGGUUGACUGA